GAGUGCGCACCCACGUGUGUCUGUGCACGGCCGCGUGUGCGCGUGGCCGUGUUCAAGGGCUCCUGCACGGCCGUCCCCGCGCGUGGGGCAGCGCUUGGGCUCUGCCCGCUGGGCGCCCGCAGGAAACGGCCCGGAGCGGCCCCCCCGGCCCCGCGGACUCGCCCCACGUGGCCGAGGCUGAGCGCGGGACCCGGCCCUGCGGCCCCGCGGUUGCGGUUUCCCACCCGGACGGCGCUGUCCGACGGACUCUGCCCGCUUCAAAGAUGGCGGUGGCGGCGCUCUCCCCGCCCUCUCGCCCGCACCGGAUGUUUGCAGUGAUGCGGGCGGAAGUGAGUCCUACGCCGGAUGUUUGCGGCGCGGAGGGCGGAAGUGGGUCCGCCGGGAAUGAGUUCCCCCACGGCGAGGUCUCGGGCUCCGGCAGCGGCACCACCGCCGGGCGCGGGCGGCCCGGGCCGAUGAGCAAAGCGUGGCGGCGCGGCAGGAUGGAGGGCGGCGAGCACGGUGACGAGGACGAUGGCGGCGGGCACGGCGCGCACAAGAAGAAGCAUAAGAAGCACAAGAAGAAGCACAAGAAGAAGCACCACCACGAGCCCACGGCGGUGCCCGAGGCCCCACAGCCCGCGGCCGCCCCGCGGAAACCGCAGCUGAAGCUGAAGAUCAAAUUGGGGGGGCAGAUCCUGGGCACCAAGAGCGUGCCCACCUUCACCGUGGUCCCCGAAGCACCGCGCUCCCCCUCCCCGCUGAUGGUGGUGGACGAGGAGGAUGAGCCCACCGAGGGAGUGCCCAUUGAGCAGUACCGGGCCUGGCUGGAUGAGGACAGCAACCUGGACCCCUCACCCCUGCCGGACCUGGACUCAGAGAGUUGCUUCCCCACCCGCGAGGAUGAGGAGGAGGAAGAGGAGCGUUGGCUCGACGCCCUGGAGAAGGGCGAGCUGGAUGACAACGGGGAGCUCAAGAAGGAAGUGGAUGAGUCCCUGCUGACGGCGCGGCAGAGAGCCCUCCUGCACAAGCAGCAGAGCCAGCCGCUGCUGGAGCUGCCCAUGGGCUACAAGGCCAAGGAGCUGACGGAGGAGAUGCUGGUGAAGCGCGAGGAGCGGGCGCGCAAGCGGCGCCUGCAGGCGGCCAAGAAGGCGGAGGAGAACAAGAACCAGACCAUCGAGCGCCUCACCAAGACCCACAAGGCCAAGGUGAAGGCGCUGCGGGAGCGCCGCGCCCGGACGGCCGCCUGCCCCGUGGUGCAGUACCGCAACGCCGCCGACCGCAUCACCGUCUCCUUCCCCGCGGGCGCGGCGCUGCCGCUGCUCCCCGCCGCCGCCCCCCCGGUGCCGCCGCCCGCGCUCUGCGGGGUCAGCGGCUGCGCCAACCGCCGCCGUUACUGCUGCUCCCGCACCGGGCUGCCGCUCUGCAGCCUGGCCUGCUACAAGCGCAACCUGCAGCUGCAGGAGGCCGCCGCCUAGCCGCGGACUGGGACUGAGACUGCGGGACCGGGAUCGUGUUGCGGGGAGAGCGGGCCGCGGUUCUCCCCGUGGCCGUUGCGGGGCCCGCACCCCCCCCCCCCCCCGGCGCUGUACGACGCGCCGCCCCGCACGCGGGAAGUGGGGCGGGGCCGCGGGGCGGUGGCCCAUUGGCCAGGAGCUGUGUCCGGGACAGAACAGCGCUCUGGUUGGUCGGCUUCGCCGUCAAUCUUCACACGAA